CGCAUCAGAACAGAUCGUCGCCGAUCUUUCAUCGCAAAGCCCAGACCCGCACGCUCGAUCCGAGCCAGGCCCGAUCGCCAGCGCCGUUCCCACGUCCGUCCCGCCCGACACUCAGCCCAACUACAAGCCACCAUGGGCCGAACACAUACCAUCGCCCUUCGUCUGCGCAACACCGUCAACUGGGCGUCCAACACCCGCAACUGGGCCAUCAGUAGCUACCUCAAGCAUGUCUUCCAGAAGCAGCUCGUCGGCGAGCCGGGCAUCCGGUCGUCCACAACAGGCAUCUGGGUCAAUGUGACGCUGUGGGAAGCCGACCGAGAAAAGCUGCUGGCACACCCCCUGGUGAAGUCGCCCUUCCUGGACUUUCGGAACAUGAACGCCCUCGGUGCCCUCGGCCGCAUGGAGAACCGCAUUGUCCGGGCCAAGAGCGGCGGAAACCAGUACUACACCGCGAUCUCAAAAGGAUCGGCUCCGAGCCCUAUGCAUUUGCAAGAGAACCGGCUCGAGGGCUUCCAGAUCUUCCGCGACGACGACAAGCCCAUCCGGAUCAAGUUCAACUUUAUUCAAAAUCCACUGCUGAGCGCCGAUAUCCUGGCCCAGUAUGUCUCCAAGCGCCUGUCGGGCCGCGAGCGCCUGGCCGUUAUCUACAAGAACCUGCUCAAGUCGAUGGGCUAGACAGGCUUUGUCGCUCCCCCCCCCUUCCUUCGCCCUUGGUGCUCUCUCAUUUUCCUUUCCAAUCGCUCCUCUGCUGCUUGUGUAAGGGACUGGAAAGGGCUGGGUGAGUAUCGAGCAAGCUCGGCCAAGGACAAAGCAAGAGAUAGGAUCGCACUCUAUCGAUGCCAUCGCUCGUUCCCAAGCGUGCGCGCAUGACUCGAACGACGAACCGCCCGUCUCAGCCUUGCUUCCGCAGCCUUCAGCCACAUCUACUUCAUUCCUUCUUUCCCUCCUUCUCUCCCCCCCCCACACCCACACAAGAUAGUCCCGUCCAUCGUAAUUACGCCUGGGAUCGCGGAGGCUCUGUUGGCCUAUAGCACACCAAUAAACAACGAUUUGAGUUCCCGC